CUGGUUCCGUUCGAGCUUCCUGUUUUCAUGAUCACGUUGUUUCGUUCGCGGUGUUCGCGGUUCACGGCAUGUAGUUUUCACUGGUCACACGUGGUUUUUCUGAAUUUACAAGCCAAAAGUUUAAGAUUCGACCAAAAUGCUCCGGCGUCUUGCUCGCGAACGUAGAGAAUACCUCUACAGGAAGUCCAUAGAAGACAAACGGAGGACUAUAGAAGAGAAAAAAGAGCGUCUGAAGAGAGCUCUCGAUGAGAACCAGCCGAUUCCUUAUGAGCUACGUGAAGAAGCAUUGGCCCUGCAACGUUCUCUCGAGUGGGACGACCCCGGCAGUGAAGGAAUCCUGAGUCAGGAAGACGACGAAUACAGAUGGGCUGGUGUACAUGACCCAAAGAUUGUGGUCACCACUUCCAGAGAUCCUAGUGCCAAGUUGAAGCAAUUUUCAAAGGAAUUGCGACUGGUGCUCCCAAACGCUCAGCGAAUGAACAGAGGCGGUUAUGAAAUGAAGCAGUUGAUCCAAGCAUGCCGCGCUAACGAAGUGACAGACUUUGUUGUCGUCCACGAGACGAGAGGAAGCCCGGAUGGACUUAUCAUCAGCCACCUUCCAUAUGGCCCAACAGCGUACUUCACCAUCUUCAACGUUGUCAUGCGCCAUGACAUUCCAGAUAUAGGCACCAUGUCGGAAGCAUAUCCUCACCUCAUCUUUCACAACUUCAAGACGAGGCUUGGGAAAAGGGUGAUGAACAUCCUAAAGUACCUUUUCCCUGUGCCCAAGGAAGAUUCUCAUCGUGUCAUCACAUUUGCCAAUCAGGACGAUUACAUCUCUUUUCGGCAUCACACGUAUAAGAAGGUGAACAAGGAGAACACAUUGGAAGAAGUUGGACCAAGGUUUGAACUGAAAUUGUACGAGAUAAAACUGGGAACCCUGGAUGAAGCUGCUGCACUGGACGUGGAAUGGAGCCUCCGGCCGUACAUGAACACUGCCAAGAAGAGGCGCUUCCUUAGCAACGACCCAUUUUAGUUGUACAGAUAUAAAAGCUUGUGGUGCAUCGACUUCA